GUGAGUGGCCUGCAAAUCGUACUUAUAAACAGCACAAUGAGCCUUCAAUAUUCAUCCAUAGCGCGUGGACUGCUGAACAUCAUGUCUCAAGAUCAAGAAAGCGCCAAAAAACGUGUUUACUUUAGACUCAAAGACGACUUAGUCUUAGUGCGUUCUUCCCUGGCAAGAAAUCCAUGGGAGAAUCCUCCCAAUUGGGAGGCUGUUCGCCUCGACGUGUGUAAAAGUCUCCACGUUGAUAGUUUACGAACUAUUCGUGAGAGGAUGGAACUCCUCAUCAAAUCGUUCAAGAGGGAGGACAGAUUGCGGAAAUCCAAAUAA